AUGACCCAUUACCGGCGUAUGAUGUACUGGGUGCCAAAACUUCGUCACGCCAAUCCCUGGCCAGUUGUGGGGAGGCUUCCAGAUGACAUUGAAGGCGAGGACGCCAUUCGAUUGGCUCAACUCGCUGCUGCUCGUAUCUGCCCUGAUCCCAACACUGAGUUCACCACGAUUGUUGUCGAAUCCAAGGAGGCUGGCACUCCCAAUUGUAUAGUAAGUGCUCAGAGUCCUACUCAACGUGCUCUACUCUCCGCGUACACAACGACGUUGGCCUCUUCUCCACAGUCUAGUGUUCUCUAUCUCGACGGACCACAGUUCUUCUGGUAUCGGGAGCUUCAGCUUGCCUACUACGUUCUUUGGGGGAACUUGGACAAGCAGCGUUUAACCACGCAGGUAAAAAAGUGUCAAGAGAUUGAGGAUAGAUUGAAGUCUGUAAAUGAUGUGGCUUCUUGGGAUUUCUCGAUUCCCGGCUCGGAGAGGGAGAAGCCUAUACCACUGCAAUCAGUCCUUCCACCAAAUAGCUUGCUGCCACCGCCACCGAAAACUGUAUUGCCAGUCUACACAGAUGACGAGGGGGACAGUUUGAUCGCUCUUCAGCCCAAAAGGAGCUCCUUGAUGAGAAUAGGUAGCGUCGUGACGGCAGAGCGCCGGCGCGCACUGUGGGCAGGCUUUGGGCUCUCGCAGCAAAUCACGCACCUGCCGGAGGACCUGACGCGUCAUGAACAGGCCGAAGGCACUAUAAUGGGCGUGGGUGUGGUGGCGCCAAUGUCGAAUGCGCUGGAGAGUCAGGCGCGUGCCUAUGGUGGUCUCACUAAUAAGGAGAUGCCUGAUCCUACCGUGUCUCUCCCAGUGCCAGCGCCUUCUGGACUCAUUCAGCAGUGGUUGAAUAGACUGCGGGAGCUGAAUCCUUCACUUGACGCAUGGACUGUGAUAAUUCGGAGUCGGAUCAGUACGAAUAGUGUGGGGGAGAGAAAAUAG